GACAGAGAGGAGAAAGAUUGAAUGGUUGGUGGGUAAGGGAAGAAGAAGAAGAAGAAGAAGAAGAAGAAGAAGAUGGAGGGAUCGAGAGAAGCGGGUUGCUAUCCAGAGGUCUUGGUGGGAGUGAAUUCGGGUCUUGCUUUCGUUGAUGCUGUAAUUGCCGUGCUCUCAUUCACUCAGCUUCUGAGAAUUCAUUCUAGAAAUGCACAUGUUGGAUGGACUCGCCAAAAAGUAUUUCAUGUAAUGAUUGGGUUGUCAAAUUUGGGAUAUUUUCUUUACUUUGUGUUGGCCCCUGUCGCUGCUUGUGAUGAUUGGGUUUGUUGGUCUCAGUCCUGUGGUUUUUUUGCCAUGGCUUGCCCCAAAAUUCUUUUUCUUGGUGCAUUCCUUCUCCUUCUUUCAUUCUGGGUUGACCUUUGUCAUCAGUCAAACGGCGAAGAAGAUGAUGAUGAUGAUGAGGGAUAUAGUCCUCAAGAGUCUCUGUUGGAUAAGACCAAACCAUAUUUAGAUGUUGAUAGCCACACCAACUGUUGCUCGUUCCAUGCAAUCCAUGUGGGAAGUCGCCAGAAAGUUGUUAUACUGGUCACGUUUUUGGUUUUUGUAUUAAUGCUGACAGCAUCUGCACUAAUAUGGAUUGGGAGAGGGGAAAAUCCUAUUGAUUCAUCUGUUGUAGCAAGGGUGUAUGUAGAUCUCUUUUCUAUUUCAGUGCUUCUGUUGGGAGCAGCAUUGGCAUGCUAUGGUCUUGUGUUGUUUCUGAGAAUGAGAAAAGUCAGAUCCGAAAGAGCCUCGUCAGAAAUGUGGAAGGUUGCAGGGCUGGCCAGUGUUUCCAUUUUAUGUUUCUCUUCAAGUGCAUUUGUUGCUAUUUUUACAGAUAUACCUCUGCUUUAUCACUGGCAUGGACAACCGAUAAACAGCGUCAGUACACCGCUUCUCUUGGUUUUGUACUAUUUUUUAGGCUCUUCGGUACCAUCUGCAUUUGUGUUGUGGGUUAUGAGGGAAAUGCCACCUCCUCUUGUAAGGACACAAGAGCGAGACGAAUCAAGGACGUUAGCAUUCAUAGGCGAUACCUCUGUCACAGUACACCCUCAAAGGUGGACUGCCGUGGCAAGCAUGCAAAAUCAGGUAUCAAGAGCAAGCCCCAUAUGAACAUAUGAUCAUCAUGUUGCUGCCAUGGAUGAUGAAUGAGUGAUAGUUGGAUAGAUGAUUUUCAACCCAAAGGGCAUUUUGACCAUUUUGACCCUCCCACCAAAUUGCCAUAGUCUUACUACUUUCCAAUGAAGGCUGUUAAGGAAGUGAAGAGAGACCAUACCCAAGUGUGUGGUGGGCCCUACUAUAUCCAAGAUUGCCCAAUGCAUAGCUCCUUGGACAUCAUCUUGUACAUACACAGCUGCUAGCAUGCCCCACCUUUUACCUUCUGUUUAUGUUGUUGCUAAUUAUAGGUAAUUUAUGGAAUCUAAAAUAUGGGAUUUAAUUAUUAGCCAAUAUUUACUAUUCUUGUUAGUUGUUACUCCUGUAAAAAAUCUAUUGCUCACCCACUUGGGGAUUUCAUGUUUGUUUACCCCCACCUGGUUUAUAUCGUCUACUUAAAGCCAUAAAAACUGUACUAAGCCAGAAACUGUCCUGGCUCAAAAUUAACCUCCUGCAAAAUCGCCUAGCAAACGAAUCCUUGCGAGAUAAAUUUGGCUUUGUAGCCCUGCAAGAAAUUAGUGAGUAUUAU